CGACACACGAGAUCAGCUCCUUGUACAUUUGAGCAUGCGAAGCGAACAAACCAAUUAAUCAAUCCCAAUAACAUAUAUAAUCAACAUUUUAAAACCCUUUAUUUGUUUUUUCAUAACAGUAAAACAUUUCAGCGCGGGAAAUAAUGUUGUACUGCCGUAGCGGAGCACUUUUGUCGCCAAUUUCUUUCAGAACUUUCAUCAAACACCUUCCUUGCUAUAAAUUCACGCCCCUUAAAUUCGCUUCAAACAACCGCAACUUCAAAUCUACUGCUUCACUUCCCAAGUCUUCUCACUUUGAAGCCCUAAAUUCUCAACAGAAAGAUAAAGUUUUUAUCUAUGUCGAUGCUCUUCUUCAAUGGAAUCAGAAGAUGAAUUUAACAGCUGUUACGGAGAAGAGCCAAGUAAUGGAAAGGCAUAUCGAAGAUUCGCUUGCAAUUCUACCUCCUAUUCAUGAAAAUUACACUUCACAUUGUGGUUCUUCAAUUGAAAAUAUCAAUAUUGUUGAUGUUGGAAGUGGUGCUGGACUUCCUGGAUUGAUCUUAGCUAUUGCUUGUCCUGGUUGGAAGGUCACACUUUUAGAGUCUAUGAACAAGCGAUGCUUAUUCUUGGAGCAUGCUAUCAAUGUGACUGGUUUGUCAAAUGUGCAAAUUAUCCAUGACAGGGCUGAGAAUUUUGGACAAAGCUUGGAGUUCAGAGAGUCCUUUGAUAUAGCUGUUGCCAGGGCUGUUGCAGACCUAAGGGUUCUAGCUGAGUACUGUAUUCCUUUGGUUCGCAAGGGUGGUCUCUUUGUAGCUCCUAAGGGUCAUGAUCCUCAGGAGGAAAUCCAAAAUGCUGAAAGAGCAAUAAAUCUUUUGGGUGCGUCUGUCUUGCAUCAGCAGUUAGUGGAUUCACACGGCCCUUUUGGACAGCGAACUGCUAUUGUAUGCUUUAAAGAUCGGCGAACUCCUAAAAAAUAUCCCCGAACUCCAGGUACACCAGCAAAAAUGCCUUUAUGAAUAAUACAUAUGUAUCUCUUUAUUUCUGUCUACUAUAGUUCACCCAGCUUACCUGUGUAUUGAACAGCUUGGAAUCUAGAAUUACUAUCAAUUUAUGCACAAUGUAUUUCUUAAUAUAUGUUUAUUGUUGGUUUUGUACUAA